CUAGAUAUUAUUGUGGUUUUUCAAAUCAAACGUGGAGUGGACCGAGGAACAUGACAAUUGCUUGUGUCAAGAAAUUUUAGUACUUGAAUACUUUAAGUACAAAAAAGUAAGCAUUUCUAGAAGCAAAAUCUAGGAAAAAUGGCAAACAAUCUGAACGGCCUUAAACUUCCUCGAUUCAGAGUCAGUAACCGUGCUUUUAGAGAAAAAUACACAUUGCUGAGUGAGAAAUUUAAAGCAAAGAUAAAAGACGAAGAGAAGGCAAGUGGAAUUGAACGUGAUUUGAGUGACGUGGAAAAGGCUCUGGAAGAAAUAGCCGAAAGAGAAGCUGCAGCUGAAGACACCGUAGAAAACGAUAAGAAGAAAGCUGACAACGCAAAAGCAGCGGAAAUGAGAAACAGAGCACUAGAAAGCCUGAGCGGAACACAGAAAAGGCAGCGAAACGAAGAGGAGGAGAAAGUAAAGCCAAAGUAAAAAGGUCGUAGAAGUGGAGGUGACGCAAUUGCAUAUUUGCGCGAAAAAAAUGAUCUUGUUUAGAAGUGGAAAGAAGAAGAAUUUCAGCCGCAAAACCAGCGAGUUGAUGUUGAGGGUAAACGGGAAGAUCGAUCAAGAAAACGACAUCAGCAUAUGAUGAAAGUCUUGGUGGAACAGACUAAGCAGCAGCAAGAGCAGAUGCAAAGUUUCAGCAGAUGUUUACCUUAACGCAACAAAAGCAGUCUCAAAUAAUUAUGAAGCUUCUAGAAAAACAAAAUUAACUUGGCUUGGUUUUGCACGAUGAUGUUCAUAAUAUGUUUGAUUUUGGUUGUGAAUACUUCAAUGGUUUAUCAGGCAAGUUUAUACUUCACGUUGUUGUUUCUUUUUAUACCUAAAAUCUUACAUUGUAUCAAGACUUCGACAAACUGAUAGACUCGAAUGAUAUCCAUAUUUUGAUCACUUUAUUAGCAACUUAUCUACACUUCAAAAUAAUGACAUAUCAUGUUGCCAAAACUUUGUAUUAACACAUUAAAGAAAAAUAUUUGCAAAGGUUUAUGUAGGCGUUCUGACUUCAACGAGUCAAGUGAUGUUGUCACAUAAAUAUUUAACCGGAACAGUAUACGUGCCGUUUCACUUUCCAAUACUAAGUGACAUCCUUACAUCAGAUAAGUCAAACCACUCAACAAAUAUAGAAAAGUAUAGAGUGGUUUGGUUAACAUGAUAAGAUCAAGACGGACAUGUUUUUCUCUGUUAUUGCGAGUAUUGUCUUGUCGUAUGAUUUUGUAUUUCUAUCAAACCGCGUUAUUUUAGCAGAAUAAAAUUAUGCACUUCGCAGGAAAUGACUCAAAAUA